ACGUGUCAAGUGUGCCAGAUGAUGCUGCCCAACCAGUGCAGUUACUGCGCUCACCAGAGGAUCCACGCUCACAAGUCUCCGUACUGCUGCCCAGAGUGCGGAGCCGUGUGCCGCUCUGCCUAUUUCCAAACUCACGUCAAGGAGAACUGCCUGCAUUAUUCCCGCAAAGUUGGAUUCAGGUGCAUCCAUUGCGGAGUUGUCUUCAUGACCCUUGCCAUGCUGAAAGUGCACAUCCACGAGAAACACUGCGAAGUCUUCCACAAGUGUUCUUUUUGCCCGAUGGCCUUCAAGUCGGCCGACAGCACCACGGCUCACAUGACCAGCCAGCACCCAGCAGAGCCUCACAAGACUACUCAGGUGAUCUACAAAUGCUCUUGCGAGACGGUCUUUAACAAGAAGAAGCUGCUCCAAGAGCACUUCCAGCAGAACACCAACAAGUUGUUAGUGGGAGUGUUUAAAUGUCCACAGUGUCAGCUGGUGUAUAUGCAGAAACAGCAGUUAAUGCAGCACGUUAAGGGUGUUCAUGGAGUCCCCCAAAAUCCUGAGGAGCUCGCAAACUUUCGACAGAAGUCUGAGAAGGCAUCAAGGAACCAGGUUCAUACCCCACCAAAGGAGCUGUCGGUAGCCAACGGGACUUCCCACUCCCCUCUGCCAAGGAAGGAUAUGAGGGUGGAAGGACACAAUCCUGAGUCCAAGUCCAAACUGAGAAGAACUGGUUGGACUUGCAAGGAAUGUUCACAGUGGAUCCCUGAUCGGGAAGCCUAUGUGUCCCACAUGAAGAGAAGUCAUGGAAGGUCUAUGAAGAGAUAUCCCUGUCGACAGUGUGAACGCUCAUUUAAUGCCUCCAACAGUCUACGUAGACACAUCCGCAAUAAUCACGACACAGCAAAGAAAGUUUAUACUUGCUGGUACUGCACAGAUGAAAAUCAGACAUUUCCUCAACCGUUCAUGUUGGAGAAUCACAUCAGCCUCAUGCAUGGCAUCAAAAACCCAGACUUAUCCCAGAUGGCCAAAGCAAAAGCUCCAGAGAGAGACACAGCAGAAGCAAAAUCUCCAAAGAGGAUGGCAACGGAUGAGCUGGGUCAGGCAGAGACUGCUGCAGGUUCACACGCUCCACCGGCCAAAAAACUGAAAGCGCAUUGGAAAUGCGCUAAAUGCGGCUUUGCGACAGACGUCAGUACUGAGUUUCAGGAACACAUACCUCUGCACAAGACAGACAGCUCCACCUACCAGUGCUUGUUCUGCGGCUUGUGCUACACCUCUCACAUCUCUCUGAACAGACACCUCUUCAUUGUUCAUAAAGUGAAAGACGAGGAGGAGGAGGAAGAGGAGGAAGAAGAGGAGGAAGAGGAGGAUGAAAGGCAGAAGUUACAAAUGGAGAUGAGCGAGAACGGACAUGAGGGGUAUAAUGGCGAGAUGAACACUACAGCGGAAGAAGAAAACCUGAAAUGCAAAGAGUGCAAAAGUGACUCAGCUCUUUGUGAACACACUCAGGCGUGUGGCGUGGAGGGUCCUAAUAGCACCUCGCAGAACAAUCAUUCAAAGCCUCUUAAGACUUAG